GUGGACUUGGUGUCCCGGUUGCAGCGCGCGGCGCAGGGAGUUGUGCGAUGGCAGAGCGGGGCGCGAGGAAGACUAGAAGCGGGGAAACGAGGCCACCGAGCAGAGCUGAGAAAGCAUGAACAUUGCCACACGGAUAGAAACAAUCAGGCCACAGCUUUCCCAGAGCAUUGCAUUAACAAAGGCCAGUGAAGAAGGGCAAGUAUGUGCAGCUCUUUGAGUCCUAAGCAGCACCCAUUUGGCCCAGGCCUCACUGACCUACAGCAGUACAGUCUGUGGCUGGCCAGCAGACAUGAAGCCAGCCUUCUGCCUAUGAAGGAGGACCUGGCUCUCUGGCUCACCAGCAUGCUGGGUGUUGAAAUCACAGCAGAGAGUUUCAUGGACAGAUUAGAUAAUGGCUUCCUGUUGUGUCAGCUGGCUGAGACUCUGCAGGAGAAAUUUAGGCAAAACUGUGGAGAACUGUCACCACCUGGCAAGCCAAUCCCUAAUCGGAGGAUCCCAUGUAGAGCAAGUGCCCCGUCUGGCUCUUUUUUUGCUCGAGACAACACAGCCAAUUUCCUGUCAUGGUGUAGAGAGGUGGGCGUUGGGGAGACCUGCUUGUUUGAGUCUGAGGGACUGGUCUUGCACAAACAGCCACGUGAGGUCUGCUUGUGUCUGCUGGAACUGGGGAGGAUAGCGGCUAGGUAUAAGGUCGAACCACCUGGGUUAAUUAAGCUGGAGAAUGAGAUCGAGAUGGAAGAGAAGGCUCCAGAGCCGCCUUCCUCUCCCGUCUCUCCCACUCAGGGCACUUCCUUUAAGAAAUGCUCCUCCUGCAAGAAAAGCACCGGCCAGCUCCUGGAUGAUGCUGUAAGGCACAUUUCUGAGGACCCUCCCUGUAAGUGCCCUAAUAAGUUCUGUGUCGAGCGUCAGUCACAGGGCCGCUAUCGUGUUGGAGAGAAGAUACUCUUCAUUCGGAUGCUGCACAAUAAACACGUGAUGGUGCGAGUAGGUGGUGGCUGGGAGACAUUUGAGAGUUACCUGCUGAAGCAUGACCCCUGCCGUAUGCUUCAGAUUUCCAGAGUAGAGGGCAAAGUGUCACCCAUCUCCAUCAAGUCCCCUAGCAUCAAGGACCUAACUCCUGACAGCUACCUGGUGGUGGCGGCCCACUACAGAAGUAAGAAGUAAUAAAGUCCGGUGACAGAUGAAGAAUAGGCUUUGAGGUGAAACUCAUUUCACUUAUGUAAAGUAUAGCUGUUAGCUGGCAUUAAUUACCUCUAGCAUCCAUCAUGUGAGGCUCAAACCAUUGGGAUCCAGUCAUUUAUAUCUGAUGCAAAAGCCCAGGGUAAAAUAUACUCUGGACUAAGCAAUAGCAAUCUCAAACUUUAUUUCCGGGCUUUAUUUUUCUUGCAGAUUGUUAUCAGUACAUAGACUGCUUUUAUUAAAAUAGCUAAUUUAGCUAAUUUGACACACUGUGUCUGAACAGUACAGCAGGGCUGAAACACAGACUGUUGGGGUUAAGGGGAGAGGGACUGGAAAAAAAAUCAUAAGAUUUUUAUUUGUAUAUUAUUUUUGACAUCUCAGAAUGCAAUUUGGUGAGACGAAGAUGGGAUUGCAACUGAUAUAUGUAGUGUAGACUAUAGUGAUUUCUUUUUGUUCUACUUCUUUUACUUUCAUUAGUUUAGAUUUCUGCAUAACUAUUGCUUCAAGUUGAGUGAUGUAUAUACAUUUACUUUUUUUUUCUCGCAAAAUGGCAGACAUGUCAUGUCAUAACUUCUUAAUGUAUAUAUUUGUGGUAUUAUAUCGUAUCUCAAUAUUAAGCAAUGUUGUUUUCUCUUGAAUUUUUCUAGGAUUUUAUUAAACACUUUUAGAUGAUGACUUUUUUUAUUGUAAGACCAGAUAUAAUGUAAAUGUAAUCACCUUUCCUCUGUGCAAGACCAAUCAAACAUAUGAGCUGUUGAUAGAAUCUGAUGUGUGUCUGGAGUGAAAUAAAUCAGCAAGCGUUUCUGGGAUUUUAUCCAUUAAAUUAAAGUAACUGAUGUUUCUAGAA